GGGAGGGGGGUCAUCCAACUGCUGGUUUACUCUCUCAAAAAGGCUGCAACAGCCUGGGCGAGGCCAGGCUAAAGCCAGGAGCCUGGAGCUCCAAAUGGAUCUCCCAUGUGGAUGCAGGGGCCUGAGGACUCUGGCCCUCCUCCGCUGCUUUCCCAGGCUCAUUAGCAGAGACUGGAUUGGAAGUGGAGCAGCCAGGGCUCAAACCAGCGCCCAUAUGGGAUGCUGGCAUGGCUUUAACCAGCUGCGCCACAAGGCCAGCCCCAACAUUUGCAUUUUAACUCAGAAAUAGAGAAACUGCACCGGGGACUGAGCGGCUCCCCAGACCCUUCCCCGCCCAGCGUCUGCCGCUGCUCGCUGGGCCAGGUGGGCGGGCGAGGCCCGGAUCACCAGGGCUUCCUGUCUGGACUUCAGAGCCUCCUGUGUCUCCAGGAUGGGCCUCUCCGGAGCCCAGGACGCCUAGCACCCAGACAGGCAGCCCGUGUGAGAUGGGAGGGCCCCAGCCUGCCGCCCCAGUUCCUCCUCACCCCUACCACCUACCAGUUUCUUGCCCUCUGCCCUCUUCAGCUUCUGUGGGGGCCAGCGUGGGUGCUUGGCUGCAAGGCUGGGGGAGGGGGGAGGCUGGGGAGCUGAGCAGCCUGAGUCAGACCUGCCAGGGGAAUCGUCUAAUGGUCUUAGGGCAGCUUAGCUGUCCUGGACCUGCCCCCUGCCACCAAUCACGUCCACCUGGCCUGGAGCUGCAGAAGGAGCUGGGCAGGGAGAGGAGAGGGCCCGAGCCUGAGGCGUCAGUCGGCAGAGGCCUGGGAGCAGACACAGACCCUCGUCCGGGACGUGCCUCGGGGCCAAGAUGGGGCAGCAGUUCAGCUGGGAGGAGGCGGAGGAGGCCGGCGAGAUGGACGUGGCCGAGCUGCAGGAGUGGUACAAGAAGUUCGUGGUGGAGUGCCCGAGCGGCACCCUCUUCAUGCACGAGUUCAAGCGCUUCUUCAAGGUCACGGGCAACGAGGAGGCCACCCAGUAUGUGGAGGGCAUGUUCCGAGCCUUCGACAAGAACGGGGACAACACCAUCGACUUCCUGGAGUACGUGGCCGCCCUGAACCUCGUGCUCAGGGGCACCCUGGAGCACAAGCUGAAGUGGACCUUCAAGAUCUACGACAAGGACCGCAACGGCUGCAUCGACCGCCUGGAGCUGCUGGACAUCGUGGAGGCGAUUUACAAGCUGAAGAAAGCCUGCCGGGUGGACAUGGAGGUCGAGCAGCAAGGCGAGCUGCUCACGCCGGAGCAGGUCGUGGACAGGAUCUUCCUGCUGGUGGAUGAGAACGGAGAUGGGCAGCUGUCUCUGAACGAGUUCAUCGAAGGCGCGCGCCGCGACCCGUGGGUGAUGAAGAUGCUGCAGAUGGAUGUGAACCCUGGCGGCUGGAUCUCGCAGCAGAGACGGAAAAGUGCCAUGUUCUGAGGGGCCUGGGGCCGCACGGGCGUCCCUGACCCCCUCCACGACUCCAGGCUGGCCCAGGACUUCACUAUUGUGGGAGGGGCCCCGGCUCAGCCUGUCCACGUCCACUGCCACCCUGGCAGGCACUUCCCAGCUCUUCCCGCAGGGCUGAGUGGGGCUGGGGGAGGGCUGCAGGGGCAGACAUGGAGGAGUCACUGGGGCUUCCAGGGAACUCAGAUACUCCCCCCCCCCCAUUCCCCAUCAGCUGCUCCUGGCGGAACUGUGCCUGGCCGGGUGGGUGGGGGGCACCCACAGGAGUCUCGGAGCUCUCAGUUGGAAGCAGGGGCCGAUCAGCCGUGGGAGUGCCCACGCUGCAGGGUGGCAUGCCAAGACUGGCAGGAGAAGGGGCUGGCAGGAGUUGAGACUAAAUAAAGUGGGGGUGGGGAGUUACUAAGUCCAUAAUCCCCAGGAUCCCGCGGAGUGUUGGGGGGGAGGGGCGAGGACCUGUCCUCCUCCCAGGUGUGUCCUCAGCAGGGUCCGGCUGUGCUCAAAGGGCUGCCUCCCCAGCCCUGCUGCCCACCCACCAAACUCGCCACUUCCCCCACUCCCAUCCCAGCUUGGACCUUCCACGACUCCCAGCCGUCAGCCCGCGUCUCCUUAAAGGAUAGAGGAAGCUUCUCUGUGUCCCUGGGGAGGGCUCUGACCUGGGUUGUGGGCCAGGCUCUGCCUCCGACGGUGGCGGGACCCCAGCCGGCCUUCCCCCCGAACCUCGGGCCCCUCACCUGGGCAGUGAGCAGGCUGGACGCGGUGAGCAGCAGGCAGACCUGUAUUUUUUUAAGUCGUGGAGUUCGCUCUCGUUUUACCAACUCUUAUGCGUGACCCCAAUACAGAAACUAGAUGAGGAGGGGACCACUGUGGUUGAGAUGGGACCGAGGCGCUGGGAGCCCUCCCAGCCCUGGGGCCGGCCGGGCCAGGGAGCGGAUGGAGGAAAGCUAGUGGAAGCAUCUACCGCACCCUGAGUAACUGGGUGCUUACGUCAAUACACGAGGAGCGACGCUCAUCUACUGAGCCUGUGGUUUGGCUGCUAGGGUAUCUCAUGAUAGAGUCGUGUGAAGUUUCCUCUAGAGGUCAAUUGUAGAAAUAAAAACCGUUGAUUCAAA